CGGGGAGUCCUUUCAGGCCAUGUGGUCGUAUUCGUAGUUUUGAGGAUAUCACAUUGAAACCAGACUGCCGCAUGGCGGGUGACUGUGUGCCCCAGUGGGUGUCAUGGUAGCGUGAUUAGCGCACUGUGGUCGGCAUCAAUUUCGAUCAGAAGCCAAAACACAAGGCGUCCAACCUGGUCAAAUCCAGCUCUGAUUGUGUCCAACUCCUACUUCUAGAUCAGUAGGUCAAGUGCAGGCCUCUUCUCGAUACCAACCAUCCAACCACUGCAUUCCAAGAUGACAGGUUCCAGCACCCCCGCGGGGCUGCCCGACAUCAACGCCCUCCCCACCCUGGACGACGCCGCCCUCUUCAACACCCUAGACCUGCUCUUCGAGAAGUCGCCCGACAUGCACGCCCUGGCCGGCCCCGUGGCGCGCUCCGGCAAAUUCACCUCGUACCUAGGCUUUAUCGACGCCGUGCGCGAGGCCCUACUCUCAUUACAGCAACAGCAGGACGACGACGCGGCGGCGCGCGCACGGCUGCUCGGCAUCCUGGGCGCGCACCCGCGGCUGGGCGAGAAGAAGGUCGACAGCGCGCAGAGCCGGGCCGAGCAGGCCAACCUGCAGCACGGGGCCGGCGCCGCCGAGGCCGAGCGGCUGGCGGCGCUCAACGCCGAGUACGAGGCGCGCUUCCCGGGCCUGCGCUACGUCGUCUUCGUCAACGGCCGCGGGAGGGACGUCGUCAUGGCCAACAUGCGCGAGCGUAUCGACAGGGGCGACGCGCGCGCCGAGGAGAGGGAGGCGAUUGAGGCCAUGGUCAGCAUCGCCAAGGACAGGGCAGGCAAACAUCUGAGUGCAGCGGGCACAGCUUGAUAGCCCUUUGGGCGCAGAUAUCGUCACUUGGGGUCAAGCCGCCGACAUGAUUAGCGUUUGCAAGUGCCAUGACUGGACUAGGUCAUCUAGUGUUGUGAGUAGCUUAUUUACGAUACGGACAGUCUGGCCCCAAUGCCUUUUUCAGUAUUGCAAUAUAAUUCUCGCCUCAAAUUCUACUAAUCGCCCAC